AUGGUACAGGGCAUAAGUCAGUCCGGUGAGACCAAAUCCGGUGGCGCGCCCUCGCAACUGACUGCUACAUUCAUCGACAACAUGUUGGAGACCCAUGUCUUGCAGAACAAGAUUCAGCAUGACCUUCGGCCUGCGUAUGCUCGGCGCUACUAUAAGCCCAUGGAGGCGAUCGAGACUCAUCUGCCGCCUCUAGGUCUGCCCGCGAGUCUGGCUUGUGAUGUCGAUCAUCUCUGUCAACGUGCGCGAGAGGAAGAGGCGGUCUCUGUCAUCAGCGGUAGUAAACCCAUUGCGGAAGAGGACGAUACUGAGGGACAGGAAGCCUUCAGUCACAACAUCAGGCUUUGCAUCGCGUGGGAAGACGAAGAUCUUCUACACGAAAGUGUUGCACGCCUCACAAGAAUAAUCAAAGGAGAGCUCAACAGCGCUCACUCGUAG